AUGGUCAUCGCCACAGACUACGCCUCCUCCUCCGCGACCACUACGGUCCUAGCCAGCAAAAAGCUAGAGUCUUCUUCCGCGCCUCUGGCCCCCAAGCCAGCUGGCCCCAACAAGCUCUUCGCCAAGGAGGGCGUCACCUACGGCGACUUUCGUGAUGACCUCCUGCGAGACGGCUACGCCGUUGUGAAAAGCGCCAUCCCCCGCGAGAGGGCAGACAGAUACGGCGACGAGAUGAUGUCCUACCUCGAAAAUUUCGCCGGCGGUCUCGGCUUCGACCGUAACGACCCCAGCACGGUCAAAGAAUCCAAUCUCCCAAUCAUAAAUGAGAAGGGAAUGUGCUUAGGUUACGGGAUCGCCCACGAGUCUUUCACGUGGGCUAUCCGUCAGGAGCCGGGCCUCGUCUCCGCGUUCGAGAAGGUGUACGACACCCCGGACAUCAUCGUCUCCUUCGACGGCGUCAACAUGGCUUUUCCCAACCGCGCCGAUGUCGCCCCCAAUAAGCCCUGGCCGCACCAGGACCAGGACCCGGAGAAGCCCGGCUUCCGCUGCCUCCAGGGCCUCGUUAACAUCCUCCCCAACGGGGACCGCGACGGUGGGCUGAUCGUCUGCAAGGGCGCGCAUCUCCUCAGCGAGGAGUUCCACGCCGCAUUCCGGGACGAACCUGAUAAGGUGUGGGCGUGGACCAAGGAAUGGUAUGGCUUCACCGAGGCGGGAAUGCGGUGGCUACAGGACAAGGGGUGCGAGUGGGUCAAGAUCAACGCAGAACCGGGCGACCUGCUGGUCUGGGACAGCCGGACGCCGCACUACAAUCUCACCCCGGAGGGCGAGUCGCCGAGGUUUUGCGUGUACACGUGCUACAUGCCCGCCGCGGAGGCGACGCAGGAGGAUCUGGUGAGGAAGAAGGCCGCCUUUGAGAACUUGCAGAGCACCACGCACUGGCCCAACGCCAUGCACGUCGGCGGCCUCCCCGUGAAUAGGAACGGGGAGCCGUGUCCUUACAACACGGGGAAGCCGAGGGAGAUACCCAGGUUGACGGAGAGCGGGUUCAAGAUGACUGGUAUUCCCUAUAUUCAGGGUGCUCCAAUCGUGGCUUCCUAG